UCUAAGGUUGCCCUAUUAAGAGCACAUGCUGGCGAACACCUGUUGCUUGGAGCAGCAAAAAGGUCCAUGGGGUAUAAGGACAUUUUACUUUUAGGUAACAAUUACAUAAUCCAUCGCAACAGUUCUGAAGUAGAGAUCAGCCGAGUGGCAAAUCGGAUUCUCGAUGAACUAGUUCGACCCUUCCAGGAAAUUCAAAUAGAUGACAACGAGUACGCUUGCUUGAAAGCAAUUGUAUUUUUUGAUCCAGAUGCAAAGGGCCUGAGCAAUCCAAUCAAGAUUAAGAACAUGCGGUUCCAAGUCCAGAUCAGUUUAGAGGAUUACAUCAAUGAUCGCCAGUAUGACUCCCGAGGAAGGUUUGGAGAACUCCUGCUUCUACUGCCUACACUCCAGAGCAUCACCUGGCAAAUGAUUGAGCAAAUACAACUGGUCAAGCUCUUUGGAAUUGUUAAAAUUGACAGUUUGCUUCAGGAAAUGUUACUGGGAGGUACUUCUCAUGAUGCUAGUCAUCUACAUCACCCAGUACAUCCUCACCUAGCACAGGAUCCGCUAACUGGCCAAACUGUCCUCAUAAGUUCAAUGUCUGCUCCUGUACAUGCAGAACAGAUUCCAACUCCAGAAACUCCAUUACCUUCUCCUCCUCAGGGCUCUGGGCAAGAGUACAAAAUGUCUACGAAUCAGGCCUCAGUCAUUGCACAACAAUCUAUUUUGAAACAAAAACCCUUGUGAUAACAUUUCGUGCUCUCUCUCU